GACCUACUCCAGGUAGGUAAUUCCGAGAGCUCUCACACCAAUCCUCCAACUCCUCCACCAACAAGGGUACAUCCCACAAAAAAUCACAUCAACAAUGGCGUCCAUAACAGCGCCCACCCCGAUACCCCCAAACUGCACGUCCGCAACCUUGAAGAGCGCAUCAAAGUCGACCAGCUAAAAGAAGCGCUGGAAGAGAUCUUCUCCGAAUACGGCACGGUACUUGAAAUCGUCGCGAAAACGAACCUGAAGGCGAAAGGACAGGCGUUUGUUGUCUUCGACACCGUGGAGGCGGCGACCCGCGCCAUCGACGAAAUCAAUGGCUUUGAACUCUUCGAUAAACCCAUGGUGUUGGAUUACGCGAAGACGAGAAGUGAUAUGACGGUGUUGCGUGAGGGCGGGGAGGAUGAGUUGGAGGCGCAUAAGAGACGGAGGCUGGCUGAGAAGGAACGCAAACAAGCGCACGAAGCCCUCGAAGCUCAGAAAAAGCUCAAGCGACCCCCCGGUGCACCUACGGAACCUGGUCGUCCUGCGAAAACUGCCAAGGGCGCUGGGCUCAAGCCUACCAGUGGGGCUGCGGCGGCGGUUAUUCCGGACGAGUAUUUGCCUCCGAACAAGAUUCUCUUCUUGCGCGAUUUGCCCGAUACUGCGGAUCAGGACAGUUUGACGGCUGUGUUUGGUCGGUUCGAGGGAUUCCAGGAGGUUCGGUUGGUCCCGGGACGCAAGGGUAUCGCGUUCGUCGAGUACGAGAACGAGUCUGGGGCUAUCAGUGCCAAGGAGGCGACGUCGGGGAUGUCUAUGGGAGAGGCUGGAAAGCCCAUUCGCGUUACUUACCAGAGACAAUGAUUGGGGUGGUUGUGGCUUGUUUGGCGUUGGGGUGGGUAUUUCUAUUUUAUUUUCUCCCUCGUGUCUAGUAUGUCUCUUGUUUUAUUACUAUUACUACCUACUUGAUUUGUUGGAUGGUAUCUGGGAAGAAAGCAUGUCUGAUGUCUCUUUUUGAGGUAAAUCAUUUGGCUGGCGGUGUGAUAUCUGACAGUGUAAAGCAUAUGAAGUGACGAAAAAGAACUGCUCCAGGCUAGAAAGUGUAGGUGAGGGAGGUACUAGUUACAGGGCGAAAGGGAAUCUGAACGGCGCCUAGAAAAUCACGUCGGCAUCUUCUUGCUCUCCGAGGACGUCGGGUGCUUCAGGUGUCUCUUCUUCCUUCUUCUCAGCAUCCGCGCUCUCCUGCAGCCUGGCUGCCUCUUUCUGCCGUGCAGCCAGGAUCUCUGCGUCUGCAGCGGCGUUGUCGCGCUGCUUCUUACCGGAAACCUUCUUCAGGCGGUAGAACUCUUCUCUGUCGAGCUCGU